AUGGGAUACGUUGUCAUUGUCGCGGCCAUCAACUUGUUGUUGUUUGGUCACAACAUCAAUCAAGUGUCUGGUUGUUCACUGGAUCAAGAGUAUCGCAAUACAUCGGCCACUUACUAUGACCUCGACUAUGCAAAUGGCGCAUGUUCCUUUGGCAACCUCUAUGGAACAACGGCACCAGGCACACCAUACAUCACAGCACUCUCGGAGGUCUGGUACAACAAUGGAACAAACUGUGGCGAUUGCCUCGAAGUCUACUCACCCUACACCAAUCGCACGAUCGUCGUCUAUGUCACAGACCUAUGUCCAAUCGAGGGCAACCCCGUGUGUGACCGACCCUACCACCUCGACCUCUCGCAGGCCGCAUUCGUUCAGUUGGGCAACAAGUCACAGGGCUACUUGGAGAACUUAAGAUGGCGCAAGGUCACCUGUGGCAACAUGCCAACCAGUGGUGUUGGAGUCAAGAUGAUGAAGGGCUCAAACUACUCAUGGUCGGCAUUCCUCAUAUUCAAUAGCAAGGUUGGCAUCAAGUCUGUGGACAUUCAGUUGGCCAACAGUACAUCAUUCACAAAGUUGAAGAGAGCUGAUUACAACCCAUUCAUUAGUAUCAAUGAUCAUAGCAAGGGUCCAUUCACUCUAAGAAUCACAUCUGAUCUAAAUGAGAGCAUACUUGUCACAAUACCAAAGGUUGUGGAGGACACUGUAGUCUUCUCAAACAAUCAAUUCAACACAUCAGACUGUAUCAAUGGCCAGAUGUACAUUUCAAAGUACUCAUCAGGUUCCACGCUACUCCCCAACAUCAUCAUCACACUACUUGUAUUAAUACUAUCAUCACUACUGAUCAUUGCUUAA